AAAAAAAUUGAAGGCCUCGCACUUGACAUCAUGAACAUCGUGAGAAAUUCAAACAUGGUUGUCUUUGAAGCAAAUACAUUUGAAAAGAUGUAUAAUUUGAGACUACUCAAUAUGAGUGGUGUAAAAGUCUCUGGAACUUGUAAGGCAUUUCCCAAAAGAUUACGAUUUUUGUAUUGGAGUGGUUUUCCUUCAGAAUUUUUCCCCAAUGAUUUUCCUCUAGAGAAUUUGGUCUCUCUUGACUUGAGUUAUAGCAACUUGAAACAAGUUUGGAAAGAAACUAAGGUUCUUGGAUCAUUGAAAAUUCUAAAUCUUAGUCACUCACCGAAACUUGCGAAGACUCUAGACUUCUCAAGAAUCCCCAAAUUAGAGAGACUGAUUCUCAAAGCAUGUCCCAGUUUGUUUGAGGUGGAUGAAUCGAUCGUAAAACUACAGAAAAUAGAGUUAUUGAAUCUUCGGGAUUGCGAAAAUCUGAGAAAGCUUCCAAGAAAUAUUCAUAUGGUAGAAUCUCUAGUGGAAAUAAACAUUUCCGGUUGCGCAAAUCUCAUGGGGGCGACAGAGGAGCUGGAGAAGAUGAAAUCACUGUGAGUUCUUCGCGCUAGCAGAAAUGAUAUAGAGCGUCUCCUCACUAGGGAGGUUGUACCUCAAGGAUUUAUUUGGCCUCGGGUUCCAAAACCGAGGGUA